AUUGCACUAACUCCUCUCCACUAAUUCCUCACCAGCACUAGUUCAUUAAUAAUAAUAAAAAAAUUAUAUAUAUAUAUAUCAUAUACUACCCUACAACAAAAUUAAACCCACAACUUAAGGUUCUUAUCCAACGAUGGAAGCCGGACGGAAGACAGAGGCGGAUGGCAGCGGCAACAUAAUCGGGUGGGACUAAGCUAACAGAGUUUUGGGGAUGAGACGGCCGCGCGCAAGGACCUCAAUUCUCAUUAGGAGGUCAAACCAAGGACCUAUGAAAGUCGUAGGUUGUCCACCAAGAAGUCUAAUUUUUUCGAAGAAAUUUGCCAAGAAAUGAUGGAGAUGAGGAGGCUGCCCUUCACACAUGGAGUUUUUUACAUUUUGUGUCUGUCUCCCGCCAUGACUCAAUCAAUCUCUUUGUCCAAACAUGGCUGCCAACAAAAAUGCGGGAACGUCACCAUUCCUUAUCCUUUCGGAAUUGGUUCGAGAUGCAGUGCAAAUUCAUCCUUCACAAUGGUGUGUAAUAACUCCACCCAUCCUCCAAAGCCAAUCUUGAGCAGUAUUGAUAAUCUGGAAGUGCUGCAGAUCUCCCUUAACGGCACAAUCAUUGUAAACCAACGUGUGUCGCCGCUAAAUUGUUCUUACAAAGACUCAACACAACACGCUCAAUCAAUAUCACUUUUGGGAAGUCCUUUUUACAUCUCAUCGAGGUAUAAUGCAUUGAUUAAUCUGGGCUGCAGAAAAACAGUCUGGCUACUGCUCACCAGACCCAACAAUACCAUUAGAGGAUGCAUUACCCGUUGUCGAAGAAAUUCAGCAGAUACCACUUGCAAUGGUGACAACUGCUGCGACAUACCAAUUCCUGCGCGACUCCAGGAGCUUCAGUUUGCAUACCAAAGCACUCAAACUGUCGAUGGUACUUUCUGUGGGUAUGCCUUCCCUGUACAAAAAAAGAGGUUCUUGCGUAAUGAUCCUUUAUUGAAUUUAUUCGACACUGAUAUAGGCUUUGCACCUCUAGUAAUUGAGUGGGAAUAUUAUGAUCCAGUUGGUGCAAUCUCUGGAACUAUUUGCAAUGAUUCUGUCGAUGUUGGUGAAUACCUUGUUCCUUCCUUAUCUAGAUAUUGCUACUGCAAGAAUGGGUAUGAAGGUAACCCAUAUUUACCUUGGGGAUGCACUGAUAUCGACGAAUGUAGCAAUGCAACACUAAAGGAGAGGUACUGUGGAGGGGGAACUUGUGUCAACACUAAUGGGAGUUACAAAUGCUACAGGGAGUGGGAUCAUCAUAAUCUUAGUCCAGCUAACUUCAGAAAUCGAAUCACGAUCACAUUCACUGUGAUUGGUAGCGUUUUUGGAGCACUCUGUUUGCUCUAUGGGGUGUGGAGGUGUGGCAAAUUUGUGAGUGAGGCAGUAAAAGGCAUCCGUAGAUACAUGUUCUAUAAGCGCAAUGGCGGGUUGUUAUUGGAGCAGCACUUGGCUUCGACUGAGAAUGGGCUCGAGAGAACCAAGUUGUUCACUUCAAAGGAGCUCACACGCGCCACAGAUCAUUACAGUGAAAAUCGUAUACUUGGCCGUGGUGGUCAAGGAACCGUCUACAAAGGAAUGCUGACUGACGGAAAGAUUGUGGCUGUGAAGAAGUCGAAAAAGGUAGAUGAAGGUGAUGUUGAGGUGUUCAUCAAUGAGGUUGUUAUUCUCUCCCAAAUAAACCACAGGAAUGUGGUCCGGCUGCUUGGCUGCUGUCUCGAGACAGAAGUACCUCUUCUCGUCUACGAGUUCAUCCCAAACGGCACACUCUUCCACCAUAUCCAUGAGCGGAGCGACGACCUCCCAUUGACAUGGGAAAUGCGUAUGCGAAUUGCAUCUGAAGUGGCCGGAGCACUUGCAUACUUGCACUCUGCUUCAUCUGCACCUAUCUAUCAUCGCGAUAUCAAGUCGACGAAUAUACUCCUGGAUGAAAAGUACCGAGCCAAGGUUUCAGAUUUCGGGGCAUCGAGGUCGGUCUCUAUUGAUCAAACACACGUCACUACAAGAGUGUUGGGCACAUUCGGUUAUCUCGAUCCAGAGUAUUUCCAAUCGAGCCAGUUCACAGAAAAGAGCGACGUAUACAGUUUUGGCGUGGUUGUGGUGGAGCUCUUGACUGGGGAGAAAGCAGUGACCUCAGUUAGAGCAGAAUCGGGAAAGAGUUUGGCCACACAUUUCUUGCAUACAAUGGAGGAGAAUCAAUUGUUCGACAUCCUUGAUUCAAGAGUCCUCAAAGAGGGUAAGGUACAAGACAUUGUGGCUAUUGCUGAACUUGCAAAUAAAUGUUUGCACUUGAAUGGCAAGAAAAGGCCAACUAUGAAGGAAGUUUCUGCUGAUCUCCAAGGAAUUCGAAGAGGAAUGAACGACGACACGGUUUCAGUGCAACAUCUUGAUCACAACAGCAUACUUAACCAAUCAGUUGAGGUUUCGGAUGCGUCAUCCGACUUCUCGUUGUCCAUCUACGCGAGCUCACAAGUCGAUACGAUCACCAAUUACACACAACAGGUUGAAAGUCGAGUGCCUGAUGAGCCUUGAAGAAUGAUAUAUGUUAUAUAUAUAUAUAUAUUCUAUACUAUAGCAUGUUUAAUUUCCAUUUUUAAAUUUUGUCGGAUGCUGAAUGAUUGUCUCACCUAAAAACUCAAACCGGUAGGAAAACUUACCGUUAUUCA